AUGCAGACGCUGUUCAGUGUCGCUCUACUACUGCUCAGUGCGGCGGUCGCCACGGCCACCAACACGUACCCGGUGGUGCUGGUGCACGGCUUUGCCGGUUGGGGCCGUGACGAGCUGCUCGGCUUCAAGUACUGGGGAGGCAUCCAGGGCGACCUGCAGGCGGAGCUCGAGGCUCAGGGCUACACCGUCUACACGGCGUCCAUCGGCCCGUUCUCCAGCAACUGGGACCGCGCCUGCGAGCUCUACGCGCAGAUCAAAGGCGGGGUCACGGACUACGGCGCGGCCCACUCGGCCAACCACGACCACUCUCGCUACGGCAAGAACUACACGGGACUCUACCCGGAGUGGGGCGAGGAGAACGCCGAUGGGUCCAUCAAGAAGAUCCACCUCGUGGGCCACAGUAUGGGCGGCCAGACCAUCCGCAUGAUGGCUCAGAUGCUCGAGAAGGGCACGACGGGGCCCCCGGUAGGCACGAGUGGAUCCACCAUCUCGACCCCCAACCAGGGCACGACGCUGGCCGACGGAUUCUCGGAGAUUGGUGACACGAUCAAGGACCUGUUAGUGUCGGUGAUCAACGUGGUCGGGAUCUUCGGCGACUCGGUCGACUUGAUCUACGACGCGCAGCUGGACCAGUGGGGCAUCACGGCCAAGCAGGACGACGAGACUCUGCAGGAAUACCUCGACCGGGUCUUCUCCAGUAGCAUCUUCGACUCCGGGUUCAAAGAUGUAUCCAUCUGGAGUCUAUCCGUGGCCGGUGCCAAGGAGGAGAGCACAUGGGUCGAGACGCUGAGCGACAUCUACUACUACAGCUACCAAGGACACCUGCAGAAGAUCUCGUACCCCAACAUCCUCACGAUGCUGCUGCCGCUCGACGUGCUGUCGAUCUUCCUUGGCAGCCGCUACGCCCCGGACACGAUGGGGCUGUCCACGGACUGGCAGCCCAACGACGGCGCGGUCAACACCAUCUCCAUGAGCCAGGACUACGUCGGCGACCUCGUCGAGUUCGACGGCUCGUCCGAGAUCGGCAAGUGGAACGAGAUGACGCAGCUCACGGGAUUGGACCACGGGCGUCACGCUGCUCUACCAGGUCCUCGUCAUCUACGAGGCCCACAUGGAGCUGCUCUACAGUCUGCCGGUGGGCUCGGGCUCCUCUCGCCGCCUCGUAACGGGCAACUCGACGGUCACCGCCAAGCUGAACAGCGCCAUCUCGACACUGAACACUGCGACGGCCAACAUCCAGACCCAGGAGACCUCGAGGCGUUGUGCGAGAGCCCCAUCAACACCUACGCCGAGAACUACUGCGCCACCAUGCUCAACUCCACGCUGGUGAACGACACCAUCGCCACUGCCAACGCCACCGUGGAGGCAGCCACAAACACAUCGAUCAACACGGAUGUGAGCUCGACGCGUAGGCUGCGAGGGUAA